GCGAAAUCUAAGCCGACAGGACCAUUUUUUGAGGACGUUUGAAACGCAUUUCCAGCGUUCCGCUGAAGUCGACACACAUAUCGGACGUGGAACAGGAGGGACGCAGGCCAAAGGAAGCACAUUAAGUGGGUGUGUUCCGCGCUGGAACAGUUGUCGCGCUCGAGGAACGCUGCUUCUCUCUUCGCGGCUCCUCCCCUGCCAUUACUCUCUCUCUGGUAGUGGGUUUUUCUUCGAUCGUGCAUUUCUUCUUCCUCUGCUGCAUCAAAGAAGUCUAGUUACAUCGUAUUGAAGUGUAACAACAAGUAUGCAGUUUGACAGAAUGCAACAUUUGGAGUAGACUGCUGGGCAUAUCAGCAGCACAUACUUGUGCCCAUCCACUGUUUGUUGAAAUACCAACAAGGCAAUAACCCUCUGGUUUCAAGGACUGUGGGCUAUAUGGCAACCGUAAGAGAUUUGAAAAUUAAGACAAGUACUUGUAAACGCCUCCUUAAGGAGCUUCACUCAUAUGAGAAAGAAGUUGAAAGGGAAGCUGCAAAAACAACUAACAUGAAGGAGAGUGGAGCUGAUCCUUACGCUCUCAAACAACAGGAAAAUGUAUUAGCUGAGUCACGAAUGAUGAUACCUGAUUGCCAUAAACGCUUAGAGGCUUCACUGGCUGAUCUUCAAGGCAUACUGGAAGAGUUCAAAGAAGAAAGCAAGGGAGGCCCAGAAAUUGAUGAAGCGGAGAAAGUUGUUGUGGAGAUUAAAACUUUGUUUAAGGGUUGAACAAGUUAAUGAGUAUUUUUCAUCCAACGUUCUUUGGUUGCCAGAUGAUCUGGUCCUUGUAAGCUUUUGGUACAAACUGCUUAACUGAUCUGGUUUUACUACAGAAAGUAUCUGACUAUUAGGUGUUGUC